UUGCACUAGGUUUUCUGUCUGUCUUCUUUCUUGUUUUCCGGAACUACAUCUACAUGGGCAUUUAAAAGGACAGCAUGGAGAACACAAACCCGGAGCUCACACUGUAACUCUGUGACAUGUUACGAUUCUUUUUGUGCUGCAUGACUUGUGUUUUUCAAGACAACACCAGCAGUGAUAAUGACUUCCUAGAACAGGCCAGGGAGUCUUGGCAAAGAACCAGGCUUAGCUCUUUGCCCAGAGCAUCUCAAUGAGUGUGAAUGAAAAAAAAAAACCACAUAUUGGUGUAUAUUUGGAGAGUUCCCACGAUAGUCAGACAGACAAAUUUUAUCACAUUACUGAAUGCAAAUAAGAAGCACUUUGUAGAGCACAGAUGUAGAUAUUUGAUGUAGAGAUGAGUGUUGAUUCAGCUGAGUGCUGAGAUUCAGUUGAAUUAUGCAGGGGGGACGGCACAGUGACUGUAAAACAACAUGUGAUUGCAGAGAUCACAGCAAAGGCUUUGAACAGAAGAAAAAGGGGGCGUAGAGAAUGUGUGUGAGAGAAAAGUAAGAGUGAGUGAGAGAGUAAGUGAGAUUGAGAGAUUUCUGAGGUGCACCACAUUUGUAGACUAGCUUCAUGCACUCAGUCAAUUAAGGGAACAAGAACAGCAUGAUAACAAGAGUUGAAGAGUGAAGAGGAGGAAAACAAAAAAACAAAAACCAAGAGGGAAAUGGCACCACUGGAGGUUUCCAGUCUCCCUUCCCUCCAGUCAUGGACAAGGCAAUCAAUGGAAUCACCAUCAUCAUCCUCUUUAUCACUAUGAUUUCCCUGGGCUGCACCAUGGAGAUAAACAAGAUCAAGCAGCACAUUGUCAGGCCGAGUGGCGUGGGCAUAGCGGUGGUGGCUCAGUUCGGAAUAAUGCCUCUCACAGCCUUCUGUCUGGCCAAGAUCCUCCAGCUCGGGUCCAUUGAGGCCAUCACUGUACUCAUCUGUGGAUGCUGUCCUGGAGGAAAUCUCUCCAACAUUUUUGCCUUAGCUCUCCAAGGAGACAUGAAUUUAAGUAUUGUGAUGACCACCUGCUCUACAGUUUUAGCGUUGGGUGCAAUGCCGCUUCUCCUGUAUCUGUACUGCCAAGGGUUCUCUGGUCUGGAGAAUGCAGUUCCCUACACUGGGAUCUUCAUUGCUCUCAUCAUGACCUUAGUGCCCUGUGCUGUAGGAAUCGCCAUCAACCACUGGGUACCACGUUACUCUCAAAUCAUAACUAAGGCUGGUCUUAGCAUCUUGCUAAUAGCCACUGUGGCGAUUGGUGUGAUGUGCGGAAUCACUUUAGGAUCGACAGUGUGGAUUGUGCUCUCUCCUCAAAUCUUGGCUGUGGGUUUUCUCAUGCCUUUCAUAGGCUACCUGUUAGGCUACACCAUGUCCAUGAUCUUCAAGCAGAAUGGCCCGUGCAGGAGGACGAUCGCUAUGGAGACCGGCUGUCAAAACAUCCAGCUGUGCUCAGCGAUUUUGAAAGUGGCUUUCCCUCCAGAGGUCAUCGGACCCCUGUUUCUCUUCCCACUGAUUUACAUCGUAUUUCAGGGUGCUGAAGCUCUAUUGCUCAUCUUCUUCUUCAGAAUGUACCAAAGGUUUAAACCCUCAACUGAAGAUCCCGUAAAGACGGCUGAGUAUGUAGCAGUGGACAACACGGUGGAGGUGGUGAAAGUUUCCUAAUAAGACUUCAUCUGGAUUGCAAUACAAUACAAGGGAUAUAGUGCAGAUCAUUAAACCAGACUAAAAACAAACAACAGGAUGACUGACAGGAUGAAGGGCAUGUUUGUCUGAGCAUCUUGUUAAUGGUGUUGAUGUGGAGCUUGCUGUGAGCUCUGUGGUACUCCAUCCACAACUACUCCAAACAUAGGGCAUUUGAAGCGUUCUGUUUUUUUUAAUCAGUAUUAAAAAUGUGGAAUCCUGCUGGGAUAUUUAAAGAUGAUUUUCUUGGACAAAGGGCUCAUUUUGUAUAUUUAAAAAAAAAAAUCAAAUUCUAACUAAUAUGCACUUUUUGUAAAAUUCUCUAAGAAAAUAAUUUUUUUUAUAUUUUAUAUUAUAUUAUAUAUAUAGACACACACACACACACACAGUUGCAAAUCUCUUAAAAAAAAAAAAUACAAAUAGAACAUAUAGGUGAAAUGAUAUUUAAUCAGAAAUAAUUAUUUACAAUGCAGAGAUAAAUUAAAUUUAUUUUUUUUUUAAAAUCCUAUGCCUGGCAAGUAACUUCAUUCUGUUCCAAAAAUGAAAAACAGAUGUUAUACAGUACAGGACUUCACUUGUUUGGUAUUAAAUAAAUCAAUUUACAUUAAAUUAUCCAACAUUUGCUCCUGCAAAGAUAUCUGGAUUAUCUUCAUUAAAGCAAGGAGAGUUAGGAACUUGCUUGCAUCAUAUAUUUAAAAAUGAAUUUUAAAAUGCUAAUCAAUAGCACUUCAUACUGAAAGUCAUUUUUUUUAAAAAAUGUACUAAUGCACAUCAAUGCACAUUAACAACAAAAAAA